AAGCCGUUUUCUUACUAAUACAGAUUAAAUUAUUUCGUUAUUCCAGGUUCAACAUUUGUAGGGAAUCAGUCGCUGAAACCAAAGAAAUUUGUAAUCUGCUUAUAGAAAAAGUAUUCCGUCCGAGACUGAAAAGCCCCUCCAAACACUUCAAAAAAAUGUCGAGCGCUUUAAUAAAUGGGCUGUGGACGAUGAAUCCAAUUCUAGAGUUUAAAGUGUUCACACUGUACCUACAAAUGGCUUUAGAGGAUAACAGUAACGUACAUUCACAGCCCGGUUUCAACUUGCUGACGUGGCAGAAGAAAUUUAAACUGUAUUUUAUUUUGUACACUUUGUGGUCCUUGCAGUUCAAUGUGCUGAGGAUUACUCAUAACUACAUCCAGAUUAUCGCACUGUGGUUGAUGAAAUGUUUUCCUUUUCUGGCCUAUUACAAGUACGGAAAAGCGAAUUCUUUAGUAAAAGUGAAGUAGACUUAUAGAAGAGGGUUUAGUUACGGUAGCAAUUGUGAUAUUUGUCUUUAAUAAAAGUAUUAUAAUUAUAA